CCCCCCUUUGGCGAGCUGCAAGGAAAGCUUAGCUCAAAAGCCCGUCCCGGUAUUUACGUCAUACUAUGAUAUGACAUCAUGCGUCACCACAAACUAAGUGAGACAUCAAAGGAACAAGUACCUACAGACCGUAGAUACUUGGUAUCGUGAGAGACAAGCUUCUGCUGUCAAUCUCUAUAAAGACUUCUUUCCACCCCGGGUUCUCUUCCUACCAUCACACAACACAGCAGAUCUUCACAUCUACAAUCCACACGCACAACACAAACUACCUCCAUACCAAACAACCAAACAACCAAACACACCACCACCACACACACAUCUACAAUCAUGUCCGCCAACAACCAGCAGCCUUCUACCGUCAAGUCCUACGUCGACUCUGCCGCCGCUACGGUUCAGAACGUCGUCGGCUCGAUCACCGGCAACCCGAUUGACAAGCAAGCCGCAGCCGAUAAGCACGUCGCCGCUGACGCCGAGCGUGACGCGUCUCGCGCAGGCGCCAAAGCCGGCCCUCUCAACUUCUCCACGUCGGGCGUAACCGUCGACAACGAGGACCGCAUCGGCGGCAAGAAGGACCAGUUCGUUGGCUCGGGCAAGGAGUUUAUGGGCAACACCCUCGGCAACGAUGCGCUGGUCCGUGAGGGCCGCCGCCAGAACGAUGAGGGCCAGGGACGCGAGGCCGCCGGUCAGAUUAAGGACUAUGUUGGUGGCGCGGCUGACAGGGUCACUGGCGCUAUCGGUUCGGUCGUUGCGGGAAUCACGGGAAAUCCUCAGGCUCAGAGUGCCUACCAGAGCCAGCACGACCAGGGAAAGACCAAUGUGAGGGGUGUUGAGGCCGACAUCAACAAGCAGUAGAUAGAUUGUUUUCUGUUCCUUGCAUUGGGGAUUGGGGAUAUCAGGCGCUUGAAAGGUUGAUUGCUUCUUCUGACUGAUUUCGUCACGGUGUUUUUUUACCUGUCUGUUCUUUUUCUUUUCUUUGUCACCAUAUACCAAGUUCGCAGUACCACUGUAGAACCAUCACAUUGAUCCCUCACGUCACAAUGUCAUUCCGUCGAUUCUAUGGCAACGCGGAAGAAGCGAAUAGGACUUUCGGGCAUACAGGAUUCAACGUGACCGGAAACGGCCAAACACAGAAUAGUAUAAAAAACCAAG